AGCACCUGCCCUGGGAUCUGUUUUACAUGGUGAAAUCCCCAUGAAAAAUCCCCCAAAGUGUGAAGAACAAGGCACUGCUGACCACAAACAGAGAACUUCUAUUUCCUGGGAGCUGGACUAAGCAAGCAGACAACAGAUGGACACAACCUACUGCCGAGGAGCCUCCAGCUUGGGAAGCCAGCAGGACAAUACCUCUAUGUCCAACUAAGACCCACCCUAUCUUUGGAUGAAGUCCUCUGGAGUGGACACUCAGAAUCUUGUCUGCCGUUCCUACAGUGUUGCCUGCUCCAGCACUGGCCACCUCUGCCUGCCUCUCCUUCCUCUUCCUCAGUGUGUGGUGACAGGGAAGCUUCUCAUGGAGGAAGGCAAAGGAUCCCUAUUGGUCUCGGGCCAGCAGCCUCCCACCCACCCAGAGACUAAUCUGGGCACACACUGACUGAACAACCAACUUUGAUUUCCGGAACCCCUGCCCCAGCGUAGCCACCACACAACAGCCAUGAUGGAAGAAGACACAGAAGUAUGGCAACAAGUGUUUCAGGAGCUGAUUCAAGAGGUGAAACCAUGGCACAAAUGGACCCUCACACCAGACAAGGACCUUCUUCCUGAUGUUCUGAAUCCUGGAUGGAUACAAUACCAGCAAAAGACCUUUGCCAGGUUCAUCUGCCCCAGCUGCUCUCGCAGUUGGGCCUCUGGCUGUGUCCUGGUGGUCUUCCACAUGCGCUGGUAUAAGAAGAACAGCAAGGGACAUGUGAAGAUGAGGGCCUUUGCUCAGAGAUGUAACAGGUGCCCUGAGCCUCCAUUUGCAGCUCCAGAGUUCAGCUGGGACAACAUCUCGAGGAUCUUGAGCAAUCUGGUCUUCAGAAUUCUGAGGAAGAGCUACGGAGAAGAGUUUAAGGAAAUGGCUGAGAUUCCUUUGCUUGGAGACAGGGGUCUUGAAGGCCCACAUGACAGCAACAACUGUGAGGCCUGCCUGCAGGGCUUUUGUGUUCAGAGUAGCUCAGGCCUAGCCUCAAAACCACCAGCAUGCCCAUUGUCUCCCGCCUCCUCUAAGUCAACUAGGGAGCCUAUGGCCACUGUCACGCGCAGCAACGUCUCCUGCUCACAGCCUUCCUCUAAAGUGGGAAAGCCCCAAGCAUCAAAAGUGGACGCCAAAGCCAGUAACCCUACCAAAGCUGACCCUAAGGUGAGCCAUGCCUCAAACCCAUCAACUGUCCCAAUCUUGACAACCCAACAGUUGGCACCUGUAAGCUCACCUGCCCCUAGAUGUGUCAUUCAAAUGCCUUCUCCCGUCAAGAGCAGCGGAACAGCAGGUACAGGAAACAAGACCUCCAGGUCCAAGAUCCCAGAGGCAUUGCCCCCAUCCUCCGCAUUUGUCCCAACCAUUUCCUCCUCGUUCAUCCUACCGACUCCCUCCUCCUAUGUCCCACCCACUCCCGCGUAUGUUGUGCCCAAUUCUGGGAGACCACGAGCAGACAUCACUGGCCAGGUAGAGAGAAGCAGCCAUAUCCACCCAGCAGGUGAAUCCUGCUGCUGCAAAGCUUGCUGCGGGGCCUGCCACGAGUACUGCUGCAGAUGCUUCUGUGAGUGCUGCAAGGGCUUCUGCGAGGUCUUCUGUAAUUGCAUGGGACAUAAACCGUUUCGACUGCUGGUCUUUCUAAUCUUUGCAGCUGUCGUUGUGACACUUUUCAUAAAAUAUGGCAUCUGAGCCUUGAAGAAAGAAUGCUGGAUGGCAAAAAAAAAAAAAAAAAGUUACAACAUCCCCAAAAAGUCAGAUAUUGUGUAACCUUUUAUAUGAAACAUCAAUAAAAUCAGGGGAACCCAGA